CUCUUCUUUUUUCAUCUCUCAAUCCUCAUUUUGUUUCGGUACCAAUGGGUGAUUCAAAUGCUAAGGUUUCUAAAUUCGACUCCCCAAUGUCGAACCCCGAUGAACCAACCCAGAAUAAUCACGCGGUAUCGCCGGCGACACCCACGGCUACAGACGUGGAGAAUCCUACACCGGGAGUGGAGUCUGGUGUCUCGACGAUUACAAGGCGAUGGAGAAGGGAGGAUUUGUUGAAGAGAGGAUCCCUGGUCGCUAGAGGACUGGCAUUGUUGUUCUCUUUCCUUUCUUUCAUAAUCAUGGCUAGCAACAAGCACGGUGAUGAGGGAGAUGGGGAAGAUUUCAACAAGUACCAAGAAUACAGGUAUUUGUUGGCAAUUGCAAUUUUGUCGUUUUUGUACACAGGAGGACAAGUGGUGAGACACGUCAUCUGGACUGGGAAACAGAUACUUGAACGACGUGACUCUGCAAUGGUGGACUUUUUGGGUGAUCAGGUGAUGGCAUACCUGUUGAUAUCAUCAGUAUCUGCAGCGAUUCCAGUUACAAACCAGAUGAGAGAGGGGCUGGACAACAUUUUUACAGACUCCUCAGCUGCGGCUAUUAGCAUGUCUUUCCUGGCGUUUCUAUCACUGGCACUGUCAGCCAUGGUUUCGGGCCAUAAACUUUCAACCCAAUCUUACAUCUAAUUUAUAGCUUUUCAGCUUUUUUCCUUUUGUAAUCUUCUUCCACUUCCUCCAUUAAGUGAUUCUUCGGGUAUUUUAUAUGUCAUCCAUUUGUCCUGUCCUGUAUUUGACUCCUACAAUCUGCUACACAGUUUUAAGUGAGGCAUUGUUUAUCAGGCCUCAAAACAAAUGAACGAAUGCACUAAUUCUGUGUAUGAGUUUCGAAAUCUGCAGAUCCCAAGUAACUAUGUAGAUAUACAAUCAAAAUAAGCAAAGCUAAUUGAUAAACAUUCUACCUUGUUGAUGUCCAACUAACUUGGCGUUUUUAAGAAAACAAGCAUUGCCUUAACCAUUGAAUUGAACCCAAUGCCAAUGACAGUUUGCAGAACAAAUUUAAUAUGUCCUUUGAUAUGUACUUGUUUCUCGAAAUGACCAAACAUAAUUUAAGAUAA